UCAAAAUUCUCUAAAAAUCCCAUCCGCCUUUCUCUUCAGAAUUUGAAAACAAUUCCCUCUCAGCCUCUUUGAUCCAUCCUCCUUUUCUUCAAAAUUUGAAAACAAAGAUAAACCCUAACUUCUUCGAACAGCAAGUAAAGAAAAACAGAAAAAAUUAUGACAACAGCAAUUCCUCCCAUGCCAGGGAGGGAACUAACAAAUCCACCUAAAGAUGGUGUUUCAAAUCUCAGAUUCUCGAAUCACAGUGAUAACCUUCUCGUUUCUUCAUGGGAUAAGAGUGUUAAAUUGUAUGAUGCGAAUGCUAACAUAUUGAAAGGUGAGUUUAUGCAUGGAGGUCCAGUAUUGGAUUGUUGCUUUCAUGAUGAUUCUUCUGGAUUCAGUGCUGGAGGAGAUAAUACUGUUCGUAGGUUUGUCUUUGAGUCUGGCAAGGAAGAUAUAUUGGGAAAACAUGAUGCACCUGUUCGUUGCGUUGAAUACUCCUAUGCAGCAGGACAAGUCAUCACUGGGAGUUGGGACAAAAUGCUCAAGUGUUGGGAUCCUAGAGGUGCAAGCGGGCAGGAGCGUACCCUUGUUGGGAUGUAUCCACAACCCGAGCGUGUGUAUUCGAUAUCACUUGUUGGGAACCGAUUAGUGGUUGCAACUGCUGGAAGACAUGUAAAUGUCUAUGACCUUCGGAAUAUGUCCCAACCGGAACAACGAAGGGAGUCUUCGUUGAAGUAUCAAACUAGAUGUGUGCGGUGUUAUCCCAACGGAACAGGUUUUGCUCUUAGUUCUGUGGAAGGUCGGGUUGCGAUGGAGUUCUUUGAUCUCUCUGAGGCUGGCCAGGCAAAGAAGUAUGCUUUCAAGUGCCAUCGAAAGUCAGAGGCUGGAAGGGAUACUGUGUAUCCUGUCAAUGCUAUAGCAUUCCAUCCCAUCUAUGGUACAUUUGCUACAGGAGGUUGCGAUGGGUUUGUAAAUGUUUGGGAUGGCAACAACAAGAAGAGACUAUAUCAGUACUCAAAAUAUCCUACAAGCAUAGCAGCACUAUCAUUUAGCAAAGAUGGCCGUCUACUGGCUGUUGCUUCCAGUUAUACAUACGAGGAAGGAGAUCAAUCUCAUGAACCCGAUGCCAUUUUCGUUCGCACUGUAAAUGAAGUUGAAGUCAAACCAAAGCCGAAAGUGUACCCUACUCCUGCAUAAUCAAAAAUCAAGGAUGUGUUCUGGCACUAAUACUUCUCAAAUGGUCUCCUCCACAUCACUGGUAUGAUUAUUGAAAUUGUGAGAAUCCGCAUGUAGGUUUCAGAUACAAGGAACAAGAAGUUUAAAGAACAUAUUUCACGUAGGAGAUAGCCUAGAAUAUAUAUUUUUAUAUUCUCGUGUACUUAUUUUAGAGUUAUAGUGUUGUGGCUGUUGCCAUGGGCAUGUGUAAUGGACCAUCAAAUACUAUUCUUCAGCACCUCUCGUAGCAGUUAAUUUAAGUAGUGUCUCGUGUAAUGAGUUUAUGAAGUAAAGAUAGACCAAUGUUUUACAUAAUUAAAUUUUUUACCCUA